AUGCUGAAACAUUGCCUUAAGAGGUCAGGAACUACCCGGAAGGGACUUGAGGAGGAGCACAAGGCUGACGCCCCAUUGAUUGAAUGCUUCGUCUGCACCAAGAUUGUGCAGAAAAUCAAGGAUCUGGCUGGAGAUGAUCCAGAUGAUGAGAAAAUCAAAGACGCAAUAGAUUCUGUAUGUCAGGUACCGGGCAGGUUCCUGAGAGGGACUUGCAAAAAGUUUCUGAGACUUUUCAAAUCAAAGCUCACGAAAGAUCUGCAGGCUGGCAUGAAGGCUUGGGGCAUCUGUAUUGAUCUGAACUUAUGCAGGGAUUGCUUUGAGGGCACUACCAGAGGAAGAAAAGAUUGAAGGCAGCUGGUGAAUUGGCUGACUUUGCAAAUAUUCACGCUGCUGCUGGUGCUGCUUCAACUUCUUCACAGAUGUCGGACCCCGUCUUCCAAUUUGCAAAGAGAAGCAGAAAUGCCCACCUUACUUAGUAAGCAAUGCUGGAACUAAGGGCUUAUCCACAGUUACCUUUCCUCUGUGCUUUCCAGGCAUGGUCUGCACCUUU